AUGAAAGUCGCAGCCUUACUGCUGGUCUGCGCAAUCAGUUUAGCUCAAGGAAAUGAUAUUGAGCUAAAUGAGAAUGGCUGCCCGAUAGACCACACUAUUGAAAAACUUUACCCCCACGAAAACUGUAACAAAUUCUACCAAUGCACGCACGGAAAUCUUGUAGUAAAGAAAUGUGCGUCGAACCUCUUCUUUGAUGUUGAAAAACAAGAAUGUGAUUGGUCUGAAACAGUAGACUGCGGUGAUAGGGUUGUCCCAGACGAGAAGGAAGAUGAGGACUGUGAUGAGAACGAAAACGAGAAUGGGGACGGCAAUGAAGAUGGCGAUGAUAACAAUGGAUCUUGCAACUGUAACCCCGGUGAGGCGCCUUCGAUUUGCGGUCGGGAAGGGUCUGACGGGGUUUUAAUCGCACACGAAAACUGCAACCAGUUCUAUAAAUGCUUCAAUGGCAAACCCGUUACAGUAAGCUGUCCCGGAAACCUUCUCUACAAUCCACACAAAGAAAUAUGUGAUUGGCCCGAAAAUGUUGAAUGUGGUGACAGAGUAAUUCCAGAAUGUGAUGACAAUAACAACGAUAACGACAAUGGUGGAGGUGGUGGAGGCGAUGGUGGUGAUGAUGGCGGUGAUGAUGAUGAGAAUGAUGGAACUUGCAACUGCAACCCCGGUGAAGCACCAUCGAUCUGCGGUCAGGAAGGUUCAGAUGGAGUUUUAGUCGCACACGAAAACUGCAACCAGUUCUACAAAUGCUUCAAUGGUAAGCCCGUCGCCAUGAAAUGUCCCGGCACCCUUCUCUACAAUCCUUACAGAAGCAUAUGUGAUUGGCCCGAAAAUGUAGAUUGUGGAGACAGAGUAAUUCCAGAACCUGAUGACGAUAACAACGAUAAUGACAAUGGUGGAGGUGAUGGAGGCGAUGGUGGUGAUGAUGGCGGUGAUGAUGAUGAGAAUGAUGGAACUUGCAAUUGCAACCCUGGUGAAGCACCAUCGAUCUGUGGUCAGGAAGGUUCUGACGGAGUUUUAGUGGCACACGAAAACUGCAACCAGUUCUACAAAUGCUUCAAUGGUAAGCCCGUCGCCAUGAAAUGUCCCGGCACCCUUCUCUACAAUCCUUACAGAAGAAUAUGUGAUUGGCCCGAAAAUGUAGAUUGUGGAGACAGAGUAAUUCCAGAACCUGAUGACGAUAACAACGAUAAUGACAAUGGUGGAGGUGAUGGAGGCGAUGGUGGUGAUGAUGGCGGUGAUGAUGAUGAGAAUGAUGGAACUUGCAACUGCAACCCCGGUGAAGCACCAUCGAUCUGCGGUCAGGAAGGUUCAGAUGGAGUUUUAGUCGCACACGAAAACUGCAACCAGUUCUACAAAUGCUUCAAUGGUAAGCCCGUCGCUAUGAAAUGUCCCGGCACCCUUCUCUACAAUCCCUACAGAAGAAUAUGUGAUUGGCCCGAAAAUGUAGAUUGUGGAGACAGAGUAAUUCCAGAACCUGAUGACGAUAACAACGAUAACGACAAUGGUGGAGGUGGUGGAGGCGAUGGUGGUGAUGAUGGCGGUGAUGAUGAUGAGAAUGAUGGAACUUGCAACUGCAACCCUGGUGAAGCACCAUCAAUCUGUGGUCAGGAAGGUUCUGACGGAGUUUUAGUCGCACACGAAAACUGCAACCAGUUCUACAAAUGCUUCAAUGGUAAGCCCGUCGCCAUGAAAUGUCCCGGCACCCUUCUCUACAAUCCUUACAGAAGAAUAUGUGAUUGGCCCGAAAAUGUAGAUUGUGGAGACAGAGUAAUUCCAGAACCUGAUGACGAUAACAACGAUAAUGACAAUGGUGGAGGUGAUGGAGGCGAUGGUGGUGAUGAUGGCGGUGAUGAUGAUGAGAAUGAUGGAACUUGCAACUGCAACCCCGGUGAAGCACCAUCGAUCUGCGGUCAGGAAGGUUCUGAUGGAGUUUUAGUCGCACACGAAAACUGCACCCAGUUCUACAAAUGUUCCAAUGGUAAGCCCGUCGCCAUGAAAUGUCCCGGCACCCUUCUCUACAAUCCUUACAGAAGAAUUUGUGAUUGGCCCGAAAAUGUAGAUUGUGGAGACAGAGUAAUUCCAGAAUGUGAUGACGAUACCAACGAUAACGACAAUGGUGGAGGUGAUGGAGGCGAUGGUGGUGAUGAUGAGAAUGAUGGAACUUGCAACUGCAACCCCGGUGAAGCACCAUCGAUCUGCGGUCAGGAAGGUUCUGAUGGAUUUUUAGUCGCACACGAAAACUGUUACCAAUUCUACAAAUGCUUCAACAACAAACCUGUUUCAAUGGACUGCCCCGUUAAUCUUCUGUACAAUCCUUACAAACAAAUUUGUGAUUGGCCUGAGAAGGUGAAAUGUGGGGACAGAAUAGAAAGUGUCUCCAUGAAUAAACAUUUGAGCGGACGUAGAUUUAGAGCAACCCCGGCAUCUUCCUCCCGCGCCCGCUCCGCGGCCUCCUUCUGUGGCAUCACACUAUCACAGAAAGAGACCAUCUUCGACCAACACCCCUCGCUUCUGAGCAUCGCGUUGAUGAUGCUCGGCAAGGAAAGGUCUCCGCCGGCAACCGCCACCAGGGAAUGCCUCUGA